UCAUGAUCUUCAUUCGAUGUGGGGCUUGCUGACAAUGGAAGCUCUGGUCAUCAACCAUGCCAUUUUCCUCUGAAUCUACAAAAAUCUGAGUGGUGUGAGGGUCCAGAUAGAUCAGCUCAUUACCUGUACAGCACUGAAGACUUGUUUCCUUAGUUGACAAGACGACUACCCUUCAUUUUGACUACUGGCUCCUGGUACUAAGAGCUACAAUCCAGUAACAGAGAUUCAAUGCUGGCUGGCUGGACCCCUCUACACAUUGCUGCUUCAGCUGGUCGUGAUGAAAUUGUGAAAGUUCUGAUUGGAAGAGGUGCUCAGGUGAACGUGGCCAAUCAGAAUGGCUGCACCCCUCUGCAUUAUGCAGCUUCCAAAAAUAGGGAAGAGAUUGCAGUCAUGCUGUUAGAGAAUGGCGCUGAUCCAGAUGCAACAGAUCACUUUGAGUCCACUCCGUUACAUAGAGCAGCAGCCAAAGGAAACCUAAAAAUGAUACAGAUCCUCUUGCGGUACAGUGCAUCUGUGAACAUGCAGGACUCAGAGGGGAACACACCUCUCCAUUUAGCCUGCGAUGAAGAGAGAGCGGAUGAAGCAAAGCUGUUGGUGUCCCGUGGUUCAAGUAUUUACAUUGAGAAUAAAGAAGAAAUGACCCCACUGAAAGUGGCAAAAGGUGGCCUGGGAGCCAUACUUAAGAAAAUGGUGGAAGGCUAACAGUGUCAUCUGAGCUUUUAUAUUAUUCUAAUUCCAUUCCUGAUGCACUCAUAUUUAAGAUUGUAACUUUAAUAUUUUUACAUCUUAUUUGGCCUAGAUUAUAAUGCAGAUAAUUGUAUAAACCUUCACUUUUUCCAUUUGUACUGCCAACCUAUUUCCCUCGCUAGUAAUUAAAUCAGUCAGCAGUUUUUAAAGUAUUUUCAGUAUUCUGCACUUUUGUUUCACUUGAAGUCAUUAUGGCUCUUAUAAUUUAGACUUGGAAAGAACCUAUCAGGUCAUCCUGCUUGUUUCUUCUUUUUUUGGUUCCUCACUGCCCCUUUCCUCCCUCCCCCAGUCCCUAGUACAAGGCUUUUUUGUGGCAUGUUCUGUCCUGUUGCUUGACCCAUUUAAAAUCUGUUUGUUCUCGAUGUCUAUUCCACAGUCUGAACAUACUUCUUUUUAUUUAACUUUUUUUUUCUUUUACGGUUUUAAUCCAAUUCUUAUUUCGUUUCUGUUUGCUAAAGAUUAUUCCUUUUCUUUUUAGACUGUUUGCAUUUUUUUUCAUUCUUCACUCCUUUAGGCUUAUCUGUGAAUACUUUUAUUUCUAAGUAUUACUGUUGGGUCUCUCUAGUUCUUUAAUCUGCGUCAUGCACUUCAAUGUGAAGAUUUCCCAGUAACAGAUGCAGGCCAGCAGUACCUCUCCUGAGAAUACUGUCCUAUAAUCACUGCUUUUUUCCUUUGCCACUAUGUCUUGUGGCAAACCACUACCUAAUUUUACUGUUCAAUUUCCUCUUGUGCCUUUGUUUUACCUGCUUGCUUUUAAGAGCAUCUUUCAUCCAACUGAAUAUCUGUGUUGGGUCUUCCCAUGGAUGUACUGCCUUGAAUCCUGUUGUGGUUUUUCUUCCUAGCUCUUUUUUAUCUAACUGGUGUUGCUGUGACUUCUGGUACGUACUGUUUUCUGAAAUGUUAAUACAUUCAUUCUUCAUGUAUGUACUUUUUCUUUUUAUAUUAACUCUCUAAGAUAGCCCUUAUUUAAUAGGUUAGUUGUAUAGCAAGGUAAAAUUGUAGGGGCUGACUCUGGAAGAUGUUUGUUCAUGAACAUGGAUUUAAGUUAACAUGCUUUAUCCUAAAAGCAUACUCUGUUUCACUGGCUUUCAAAACAUGAAGAGGAAAGACAAAACAGACUGUCAUUUCCAUUUAUUUCAGUAUUUUUGGCUUCUAUACUAUUAGCUUCUUGAGUGAUAAUCGCAUGAGAAGUUCCAGGGAAUUUGCCUCUAGUUGCAUCAGUGUGGUGACCACAGAGUUAUACUUAACUUUCUAUGAAUCUUUCUCUGCAUGGAUUAAAGUCUACAGAUGUAUAGACUGUGAAUACAGAUUCUGUGUUCUGUAUUCUGUGAAUACAGAAUCUGGCAUAAGGAAAUGAGAUCUUUCUUCUAAACUGAUGUUGGUGAAACUACUAAUGACAACUAGAUAUAGGCUUGUACUUUAUUUUUUGUCUGGGGAAUUUUCUUUAAAUAAGGAAUCAGUAGUGAACAACAAUAUUGUUGUAACACCAAAUAUUUUAUUAAACUUGCAUUUAACAAAGGAAUCUCAUCAUUAGCUAAACUACUGUAUGUCAUAUGGGCAUAAAGAUAGCAGAUCAACUGAAAUAUUGCUAGACUAAAGUGAUAGCGGAGAGGUGGUGCAAAUAAAAAUUUUUUUGGCUACAGGAAAAAUUCAAAACUAAUAACAGUAAAACUCAACUCUUUAUGUACAAGGGGUAUGGUUUUCUACAAACAGAAAGUAAGUGUUAAAUUGUAACCAAACAAAUUCUUGAGUUGAAUGCUUGCAUAUAAAGUGAUGUGCACACUAGAAAACAAAAUGCAUUUUAAGUUCUUAAAGAGCAUGUAGCAAGAUCCAGUUUCUCUAUGCUAAGCUGUUGACAUACAAAAUGGCUUGAGGGGGAGAAUCAGUGCUUUUGGUUAGAGGCAGAAUUAUUUCUAAACUUUUUAACUUUCACUUUUUACCUGCUAUAAAAUUCUAUAAAUUGUCCAGAAUUGAGGA